UAGUUGUUAGGUUGUAGAGUCGUCGGUAGCGUGUCCGUAACGCUAAUUCGUAGUGUUUGAGAUAGGUUUUUUUUUCGCUACCGCACUUCGCGUAAACUUAAUCUCGAUUAUCGAUUAUUAAUGCAUGAAGCGGUUAUCGUUGGCAAUUGAGCAUCCGCUGGAGGAUGUUGUGAGUUGGUUUUCUGUCGCAGUGUGAAUAAGCUGGGCAGAAGGUGUUCCAUCCAAGAAAAUAGUUAAUUUCCCCGCGUGAUAAGAGGUGACACGCCGAGAAGAGGUUGAAAAUCGUUGUUGGAGCAUUUGUUGGUAGCAGAAGAAGCAGAAGUGAGAAGUGUAUACGCCCUAUUGGGGUUAAUGGUGUUCUUCUGCGUUCCCAUGCUGUUCAUUUGAAUAUUCAAAAUCCUGUGUGCGUAUCUCCAUAUUAAUGAAUUAAGCAUACCUAUUUAGCGGCGUGGUGUAUAGCGCGAAACCACCGGGUCUAAUUAGUCGAAUGAUAUGGGAUCGUAAGGGCCCUAGAAUGUGCAUCGAAUGAUGUUGUAAAGCUGCAACGUGAGAGGUGUGUUGGGAUGGUUUACAUUACUUUUGAUAAGGCAAAAUAACAACAUUCUCCUCGUGGGACGCAAAACUUUAUCAGUCAAAGACGAGUUCAUAUUGCAGCGGCUAGAUUAAAGAGACUGCAACUACGAUGUCAACCUGUCUCACCGAGGACCCCGAUAAGCUGCUGAACGAAUGGCUCGGAGAAUUGGAAAAUCUGAUCGGGGGUCUAGAGAUCCCCAAUCCAGCUGUUACAUCCACGGUCGCCAAACUACGGCCGAAAAGUAAUCUAACUACCGAACGAACCGAUUCGUAUCGUUUUUCGAUGGCCAACCUGGAGGAAACACAUGAAGCCGAACUCGAUGCCAUCCUGGGUGAGUUGAGCCUGCUGGAGCAACGUGGAGAACUGCGGCAGGGUCGAACGCACAGCCGGACAAAUUCGACCAUUUCGGCGGCUACGAAUGCGACCAUCUCAUCAGAAAGUGGCUGCAGCAGCGUUCCCGAUAGCACAACAAGCAUAGGCUCGCUGCGGGAACCGCGAACGGACAGCCCCGAUAAUGAUUCCGCAUUCAGUGAUACGGUUUCACUCAUGUCCAGUGAGUCCUCGGCCUCCAGUAGCGUUAGUUCACACUUGAAGAAUCUGCAACAGAACGUCGCGAAUGCGGUCGAGUCUGGCAAACAGGCGAAAAUUCACCUGGCAUUGCAAAAAUUGGAACAAGCCACCGUGCGCCGAUUAUUCGUGAAAGCUUUCUCUGCGGACGGUGCUUCCAAGUCGUUGCUGGUAGAUGAAACGAUGACCUGUGGGCACGUAACGCGACUACUAGCAGAUAAGAAUCAUGUCCCAAUGGAGCCCGUGUGGGCCAUUGUGGAGCACUUGCCCGAACACCAAAUGGAGCGGUUGUUCGAAGAUCACGAGCUUCUGGUAGACAAUCUAAUGCUCUGGAGUAGGGAUUCCAAGAAUCGAGUAAUGUUCCUUAAACGGCCGGACAAGACGUCCCUCUUCAAGACACCGGAGCUGUUUCUGCCGGGAACGCAGAUGGCUCCGGGAAGCGAUCACGAUGAGCAUACUAGAGCUAUGCUUUUGGAUGAGUUCUUCUCCACCCAAAAUCAGAUCCCGCUGGAGGGUCCACUUUAUCUUAAAAGCGAUUCAAAGAAAGGCUGGAAAAAGUAUCAGUUCGUGCUGCGUGCGUCGGGAUUGCACUAUUAUCCAAAAGAACAGAAAACGCGCUCUGUGAAGGACCUUCUAUGUCUGGCCCUAUUCGCCGGUCACGAGGUCUAUCGAGGAGUUGGUUGGAAGAAGAAACACAAAUCACCCACAGAUUUCACCUUUGCUCUGCGGUGCCCUAAGGUUCCCCCGGGUGCCAAGGGCAUACGGUCGGUGAAGAUGCUGUGCGCUGAGGACGCAGCAACGUUGGAAACCUGGGUUACGGCCAUUCGGGUGACGAAGUAUGGAAAGAAGCUGCUGGAUAACCAUCGAUCGUUGACGGAGGACCUUGCUCGGGAGGAACUGGAUAAGCUAUCGUCGGCUCGAAGCGGAUCGAUGGGUAGCAUUGUGUCGUCCGUUCCAUCACAGUGUAGCGGUAGUAGCAGUAACAGCAGCGGAAGCGGUACGAAUCAUCUAGUUCCUGUGCACAACAAUGGUCGGUUGUCUCGUGCUUCAAGCUCGAGUUCAAGUGGCUGCCUGUCUGAUGAGAAUAAUGGAUUCGAUUCGGAGUUUCCUACAGGAACAAUCAAACGAAAACCAUCAAUGAAACCAAAUUUACCUUUGACAUCUAUGACGAGACAAUUGAAGGAAGUAGGAGAUACUACACGGUUGAAUGAUUCCUCACCAACGUCCCCGGAACGAGGAGGCACCCUUACACGACGUCAUAGUCGGAGACGAAGCGAAGAAAGCAACAAUAGCGGAACUCUUAAGCGACGACCAAUGAAUAACCGCGGCUCGGUAGAAAGUAUGAGCUCGUCAGCUUCAACUCCGACACCCACUCCGACCAACAGUGUACCCGGAACCCCGGUGAUUCAGCAACAGAUGCCAACAUUAGUUAUUAGUAGCAAUUUAGUAAAAAAUAGUUUGAACAUACUUCAGCAGGAGAACGUAACUCCCCCGACGCCAACGAAAACUAUUACUCCACUGGAAGCAAUGCCUUCCUGUAUGACCGACUCUACAUUUUCGCUGCCUCCGCCGCCGGAUGAUCUUGGUACAAAUUUCUCAGGUUCUACAUUGUCACUAGAUUCACUUCCCCCGCCACCACCACCAAACGAGUUAGAUAAUAGUUUUAGUGGAUCUCAGUUGUCAUUGGUUAGUGUCCAGAUGCCUCCUCCUCCACCACCACCAAAUGUAGUAUCUGCACAACCUCUGGUGGAGGACAUCAAUGUGAUUUAUCAUCAUUCAUCAGUUUUGCCUGCUGCCGCGGUUGCCACUGCUUCCUCGUCCUCAACGCCACAGAGCAUAACUCCAACAAAUGAGAAUCUCGAAGUUACUAGUAGCAUUAAGCAAUCAAUUUUGAUGUUCAACAGUCAAACGCUGCCGGCUCCGGUUACCAGCAACGGUAACACUAACAUUAAGGCCGAACCGAUAUACUCAAAGACACUGAAACCAUCCGCCCUGAAAGCUCCUCCAUAUAAAGCUCCUCCACCAUACAAUGGUGAUGCUUCGACGGCGCAAACUCCACCGCCACCACCAGCCAAAAGUGUGUCAUUCGUCGAAUCACCAGUGCUGCUCAGGCGGAAGGUCUGCUUCGAGGAUGAAAUUCAGGAGGUUCCGAUUUCUCCUCGCAGAACUUCGCGUGAUAUCUACUCCACUCCACCAGCACCACCUCCGAGAGCUGAAGCGACUCGUUUAUCGACUUCCUACACUUCACCAAAACGUUUGAGUGAUUCGGCGUCGAAUCCCCCAAGAGACUUCCUUAAAGACUUGCAAAGAGUGAUGAAUAAGAAGUGGCAGAUAGCGCAAAAAUGUAAACUGGAACCGGCUACUACUCCUCACGAGGUACUCGGUUUCCGAGAUUUGCCAGCUGAACAAUAUUCAUCGCAUUACUACAGGGAAUCGGCUAACGUGAGCCACUGGGUGCAGGAACAUUACGGUUCUGACUGCAUGUAUGAAAAUUUGGGCAGUAACAUGGGUAUCGAGCCAGCAUAUCCGAUUUCGGCUCCGGUUGUCGGCGGAGCGGUACCCAUCAAGAAAAGGCCGCCACCGCCACCUCCGAAGCGAAGCGAAAAGACACAGCUGACGACUGCGGCGCCCCACCAGAGGUUAUAAGAUUGGGCCUUUCUCGGAUUCUCGAACUGUCUGGUGACGGUGAGGAGGACCGUCCGUUGUGAAAGAAUUACCAAUGGGUCUUCAUGCAAUGUUAGUGAAGUGUAAAUAACGGAACAUAGUAGAUGAUGAGUAGAAUGGGUACGGACCUUUGAAAAUCCGAACCAAGAUACGAUUUGAAUUAAAGCAGAGAAGAAAGAGACUGGGAUUAGUCACAAUAUGACUUGGAAAAUAGUCAAAAAGCGAAAAUAGAAUUGUUACGUAUAGAUUGCCGCCAUAAACACGUUGACAUGAUAUGACAUAUUGUGUCCGGCAGGAUAUUUGCCAAAACUCGACGCGAAGGAGUUUAUAAUUGUGAUGAGUUAUAUGGAACGUAACGUAAUUUAUUAUUCAAAGUAAUGCAAAUAUUAGAAUAAAGUACUCUAGAUUCAAUAUAGUUUACUCGAUAAGUCUCAUGAAUUACUCUUUCACAUAAUUAUACGUCUGCUUGUCUCAAACAAUUUUUUAGUAGAAUCAACAGAAUUAGAUUACUAUCGAAGUUGUAGAAUUUUUCAUUCAACUUGUGGAACUCCGUUGUUGAUUUUUAUUUUCGCAAGUAUUUAAAUAUAAACAUUAAAAUUCGUUGUUUAUGACGCCAUAUUGAACACUUUUAAAGCAUUACCAAAUUUCAACCAAUUUUUCAGUGAUUAAGGUGUGGUGCCAGCAACACCUAUAAUGUUUUGAUUUGAACAAGACAUAACACAUAUGUUUUAUCUGGGAUUUGGUUGAAAAAAAUCAGUGUAAUAGGUGAGACAGUGCUACUAAGUACUUGCUCAAAAGCCUAUAUAAAAUUUAGUUUGGUAAAAUAUUUUUUAUGAAUAGAUGUUCAAACUUGAAUCUGAUUCUGUUGAUUCUAUUAGUUAUAUUUAUUAUUUAGUGCAGUUUUAUUGUUCAGUUGACUAACUUUGUACUAGAUAAUACUAAGAGACCAUCUCAAUCAAUUCAAUCGAAAUAUAACACUUGAAUCGAUAAUUAUAAAUUAGGCAUAAAUUUUGGCUACAUGUGUACGUACAUUAUCUGUUCUUUUGAUUAGGGUUCCAUAGAGCUUGGUUUUAUUAAAAUUGUAUGUAUGUAAUAUAUAUCAUUAAUUUGAGAGGAAAACUAUUUUAUACAAGUUAAUGUGCCAUAGGCUGACUUUCUGAACAAAUCGAAAAUGAAACACAGAUAUUUAUUGUUGUAUGUACUAUUCGAGGGUAUUUGUAAUCCAAGUUUUGUUCUAUUCUUCUCAUUAGAGAUCAGUUAGUUCGUACCUAUAUUCUAUUGGCUUCCUUCUACUAGACGAGCUCAUUUGUUAAGUGUUUUUUUAGUUUGAGAAGGGUACAUUAGAAUCACAUCACCAAUAAUCCAGCUGUUGAUCAUUAAUUUUUCAAAGCAGCUUGCAAAUGAUUCCGACCGUGGAACAAAAAAAUGCACUGGCAAUGGUAGUUUAUAUAAAGGUAGGAUUUACUCAGAAAACAAUAACUACGCGAUGAAGUUUUUACAUCAAAUUAUACACAUGCAAUUUUGGAAUAAACAAUUUUGUACUGUCCACGUAUUGGACUUUAAAAUAUACAGAAAAUAUUAAUAAAAAUUGGUGCUUUCAUAAAGAAUAAAAGAAAUAACAGCAAAACAAUAGAAUACAAUAUAGAAAAUAGCGAAUCAACAUCAACUUUAAGAGCCAAACGCUAAAUGUUGCUUAGAAGCGUGGAGUCAGGGUGAAAAUAAACUAUUCAUAUGCAUCGGAUACUCUCAAAACUAAAUAAAUAACAAAGUGGAAAUAAAUGCCAAUGUGUAAAACUGAACUUCCUUCGUAAACUUUUAAUCGGAUUAUUCUAGAGCAAAGCGAGUUGAACCGCUAUCUUUUAAUUCUACACUGCUACACAACCGAAUAUACUAACUAGUACCAUUAGGAGCAAGCAUGCGAAUCGCAGACAACAAAAAAUGAAUCAAAUGGAUGCCGUCUCGACUAUUUUAAGUUCAAUCACUAUCAAAUGAUGCCGCUGAUAUCAGAUAGGUUAGUCGUUUACACACGCGAAGCCAACACUAAGUGGAAAGAGAGAAUAAUGGAAUCUAACUGGACGAUAGAGUGAGGAAAGAGGAAAGCUUAACGAGAGCGAGUUAUGAUGAGAAUUCAAUUUUUAUGAAUUUAUCAUUGGAACUAAUCUAUAUUCGUAUAAACUAUUUCGCAAUCCUAUCUUUACUGUAACGAAUGCGGAACAAUUCAAAGUACGUCAAAUAAAUAUGAAAAGUGGGAAAA